AUGGUUUCUAUAGAUCCGAAAUUAUUUAAAGUAAAAAAUCUCGUGGAAGUAUUAAAGACUGAUCAAAAUCGAUGGAAACAAAUGAAACAAGAAAUUUAUCAAGCACGUAUCAAAUAUCAGAAUUUAACAACAAGAAUUAUUGGUCGAUUAAAUUCAGUUGGUUUACAUAUGUUGAGACGUUCAAGAAAAAUAAAACAAUCAUUUAAACAAGACAAAUCAAAUGAAACAAUAUUAAAUGUUAGUUUAGUUGUUCAUAAUAAUAGUAAUGAAUAUAAAUAUGAAUAUGAUGAUCUUGAUUCAACAGAUGAAAGUGACGAAUUUGAAAAAAUCGAAGAUAUUCAUAGUAUUUGUCAUGAAAUUGAUUGGAAUGCUUUAAAUGAUAAUUCAACUGUUUAUAUUCUAACGACAUACAGUUUAUCAACUAAAACUUUUUGUUUAUUGAAUAAUGUUGAACCUAAUACUCAUUAUGAUCGUAUUUGUGAAUAUGUACUUGACUUUUGUUUUAUGAAUGUUAUUUGUGGUAGAUAUGGACAUUGUGUUAAUACAUUAUCAGGUUUUAAAUGUUCCUGUUCAUUUUUGUAUGGUGAUCUUCUUUGUGAUAGAAUUCCACAUCCAUUAACAAGUUCAAUUGAGCAUAAUCUUGUUCGUAAUAUUUGGGUUGCUCUUCUAAGUUUAUUAUUUUUAUCAACUUUAUUUAAUAUAAUAGCAUUAAGAUAUUAUGAUUUAUUUAAAAUUGAUAAAAUUAAUGAUGAAAAUGUAGGAACUUUAAUUAUUGAUUUUAUUCAUUUACUAAGAAAAUGUGAAAAAGAUUUCGAUUAUCGAAAGGAAAAUUUAUCAUUUGCUCCUUUUGCAUUGAGUUUGGUAAUCAUAUUUUCUUGGUCAAUUAAACGAGAUAAACAACGUUCAAAUAUAUGUUAUGGUAUACCUGGUUUAUUAUCACCAAUUAAACCAUUUCAUACAGAAAAUCGUUUUAUAACAGCAGCUGUUUUUGGAAUUAUUUUUUAUGCAAUUGUAAAAAUUUUUGAAGAACUAUUUUUUGGUUCAUAUGAACUAUUAAAUCGUGGUGUACUGAUUGAGUUAAUGAUACGACUAGGAACUAGUAUUAUUGUCGGACUUCGAUAUUAUCCGGUACUUGCAUCUUUACAAUUACGAAAUAUUAUUGUUCGGUUUUUUGCUUGUGUAUAUGUACUCGGUGAUAUUGGAUAUACAAUUAUACGAGAAGGAUCAUGUAUGGGUUUUAUACCUCUAUCAGGAUCUUAUUCAGUUCUCGAAGAAGCAAAACUUCGGAUGGUAUAUAAAUUAAGAAUUUUUAUUUCAUAUGAAUAUAAGUAUUUAACAAAAAAAACAAACAUUGAAACAAUUACAACGAAGCUUAGAUUGUAGUAAAAUUGAAAAGCCUCUGUCAUUCUUUUCGUCAAUCAAUAAAUAUAGAAGUUUGUAGAAUUGAACAAAUAAAACUUGGCAAAUCUAGUCUAUAUUUGGUUCAUAUCGAUUGUAGAAAACUGAAAUUUAUAAACGACUAAUAUUUAUUAAAAUUUUUUUGCAGUUAAAAAAAGAAUGUCGGUUGUGACAACAGUUUUGCAAUACUUUGUCUGUCAGAAAAUGUAGUAUCAUUCAAUAAAUAAAAGUGUCGAAUAAUAUUUGAAAAAUUCUGUUGAUUAUGUUUUAUUGGCGAAGUAUGUUGACAUGCACACAGAUAUGAAUAAUCAAUUAUUUAAUAAAUAUUAUAUUC